UGAAAAAUUUUAUAAAACUUUUUGGGAACUAAACAAGGCUUAUUUAUCCAAAAUAGAGUCCUUAUUAGUGAGUAGGAAUCCAAAUAAAAAAGAAAAGAAUAACUCUAUUUCUCUUCUCUUCUAUCUUUUCUUUCUUUCCUGUUGUCUCUGUCGGUCACCAGGUGCGCCACCGAGUACACUGCUGCCCAUAUUCGUGGGAGUAGGAUGGGAUGCGCAUAGGGGUUGGUAGCUUCCACCGGUGGGCCCCACGUCCAGCCAUGGUCGUCAUUGCCCUUGCGGAGGCGUGCGUCUGGAGUGGGAAGGGACGACAUCGUGGCGCGUGGCGAUGGGCGUAGGCGGAGAGGCCACGCAGGGAUGAGGAGAGACGGUGCGAGGAUGGCUUGCCGCAGAGGCGCAUGAGGGUGCAGUCGCAAUGGCAGGGCACAAAGGUGCUUACUAGGAGGAAGUGAGGGAGGGGCGUACGGGCAUGGAGUUGCGGAGACAGCAUGGGCGGAGAUGCGGUGCCGGUGCGGUGCGUAUGCACGUUGAGAGAGGAAAUAAGGUUGAAGGAGAUGCGGUUUACUUCGUACGCAUGCGUGGUGAGCUCUACCAAACUGACCAUAAUUGGAUAUUGGAUUCUAAUACGUAUUAUCUGGGCAGCGAAUAGGUAAGGAGCGCAUGCGUUCCGUUGGCUAUCCGUUCAUGAGCGAUGGAGCUAGAUUUUUUUUCCCUUUCUCCAGAAGGAGAGGGGUUAAUCCGAUAUUUGGUUUGGUCGCGUUGAACGGGGUGGCCGGGUGGUUGGUGUAUAUGAUUAUUUUAUUAAUAAAUAAAUAAUUAAUUAAGUAAUAGUAAUAGCUAAUGGCAGCAUUAUCCACAUUAUACAACAAAUUGCAUAUUUUCUAUGAUACAAUAAAUUAUAUCUUCAAUGGUAAUAAAUGGGAAAAUACCCAUGACCUCAAGACUAUGUUGCACCGUGUGAUAUUAUUAUUAAAUGUUAAUGGUGUGUGUCAUUCGAGAGAAAGUAAAACACAUUGCUUUGUUUUAAUUAACUAUUAGUCCCGUUGCAACGCACGGACAUUUUUACUAGUAUCUAUAUAAGAACAAAACGGAUUCUUUCCUUUUUCCUAAUAAUAAAAAAACAAUAAAGAAGAAUAUCAUAGUACGGUACGGUAGCCGGAGCAUCGAAACUUCGCAAUGAGGAGGAAGAGGGCGGCGUCGCUUUCGCCGGCGCCGGCGUCUCCGGACGCGAGCGCAAUGCGGCGCCUCCGCCUCCGCCUGCGCCUCCCUCUCCUCCUCCUCGCGAUCGCCGCCGUGCUCUACCUCCUCUCCGCGCCGUCCCGGCGUUCCCCGCCACCGGAACCGCCGCUCCCCUGCGGCGCGGCGCCGUCGGACGCGACGGCGGGGCGGUGGGUGCCGACCCCGGAGCCCGUGCCGGCGCCGCUAUACACGGGGUCCUGCCCGUUCCACCGGGGCUCUUACAACUGCCUCCGCAACGGCCGCCCGCCGCUGGCCCCGCUCUCCUGGGCGCCCGCGCGCUGCGCCGGCGGCACCGGCGUCGUCCCGAGGAUCGACCCCGCGGCGUUCCUCGCCGCCGCCAGGGGCCGCCGCGUCGGCCUCGUCGGGGACUCGCUGUCCGAGAACCUCGCCGUCGCGCUGCUCUGCGCGCUCCGCUCCGCCGACCCCGGCGCGCGCAGGUGGAAGCGCCGCGGCGCCUGGCGCGGCGGCUACUUCCCCCGGGACGACGUCACCGUCGCCUUCCACCGCGCCGUGCUGCUCGCCAAGUACACGUGGCAGCCAGUGGAGAAUCCGGAGGAAAUUCAGAAGGAUGGGAUAAAAGGGAUUUACAGAGUGGAUGUGGACAUUCCUGCUGAUGAAUGGAUAAACGUCACCAAGUUCUACGAUGUGCUAAUUUUCAACACCGGGCACUGGUGGGGGACAUACAAAUUCCCAAAAGAGACUCCCCUUGUGUUCUACAAAGAUGGAAAACCAAUCGAGCCUCCACUCAGCAUUCCUGACGGCCUGAAACUGGUCAUCAAAACCAUGGCGUCUUACAUCGACAGGGAGGCCCCAAGCACGACGCUGAAGCUAUGGCGCACGCAGUCGCCUCGGCACUUCCAUGGCGGCGAGUGGGAUCACAACGGCAGCUGCGUGACCGACAGACUCCUCAAAGAGCAUGAGCUGGACUCAUGGUUUGAUCCGCGGUUCGGGGGCGUGAACAAGGACGCGAGGACGGUGAACUUGGUGAUCCAAGAAGCGCUGGCAGGGUCAGGGAUCCGGCUGGUGAACCUGACGUACAUGAGCGAGUUCAGAGCCGACGGCCAUCCGGCGACGUGGCUGGGGAAGAAGGACGCGGUGGCUGUGUAUGGGCAGGACUGCAUGCACUGGUGCGUGCCUGGCGUGCCGGACACCUGGGUCGACAUCUUGGCGCCACAAAUCUUGCAUUACUUCAAGCAGCUGGGAAAUUAAUUAAACGCUGAUGAUGCAUGGUUGCUUUUCACUUCAGUGAAGUUGUGAUGGCCGGCUCGAUCUGCUUUGCAAAUUAAUGUGGUUUCUUUCAAGACGAAAAGCUAGCCCAAGGUGAUAGACUGAUAGCUGAAGAAAUAUGAUUUUAGUUCUAGAGACGUCGAAAACAGUCGGAAACGAUCGGAAGAGUCGUAAACCGUUCUCAGUCAUAUUUUUCCCCAAAACUGAAAUAGAAUAUGAUGUCACAGAAAACUAUCGGUACUUAAAACUAGUGAAACUAUGGACGGACGUGAUUGGUUGGUUGCCCAGCCUAGCUUGGCUUGUAUCACAACCAGACACCAACUGGACAGGCUCAAGAUUGUAUUGUUUUUGGCUGGUUGGAUUCAUCUGGCCUCGCUGUACAGAGACUCUGUUUGGUUACAAGCAAAGUCACAGAAAA